AUGGCUGGAUCUCAAUGGGAAAGUGAUGUGGAGCGCUUUCUGGACAACCUGCCUCCUUCGACAAACAAAUACACCUAUAAAGGGAAAGAGCAAUUCGAUCAAAUCCUACAAAAUGAAAAGCACCGUCUGCACAAAUUACCCCCUCGUCAACCACUCGGGUCCGAAAUCUCAGACUACUUCGUUAUUUUCAUCGAUCCAUCAACCUUCGAGCAAGACUUUCUGCUCUCUGAUCUACUCGCUGGUACCAGUUUAUUCUACAACGCGGCCUUGCACGCCCUGAUCCUCAGAAUGUCCACCCCCGAGCAUGCUCAAGUUUCCUAUGGACUGCAAACCGAAUUCACAAAAAUCUUGCUACCUAUGGGACUCUGUGAUGCAGUUGAAGGAUUCGGUAACGUGAAUGUCAACGUCGGCGACGGAAACGUGAAGCGGCCAGACUGGGGCUGGGGCCCACUUCGGCCCCCUCGUGGUGCCCCCAGACGACCCGGGGUGGUCCUCGAGGUCGGUGUUUCCGAGACUGAAACCAAAUUGCGCGACGACGCAAGCAUGUGGGUCGACCCCCUCAGAGGCCAAGUGAAAACGGCCAUCACCAUCAAAGUCAACCGGAAGAAACCUGAGCUCAAACUCGAUAAGUGGGAAUGGGACGCCGGUGCCCAACGCCCAAGGGUCACGCAAUCCUGCGUGAUUGGAAAAGCACCGAACAACGUCACAGUCUCGCAGCACCCGAUCACAAUUCCAUUCGACCACAUUUUCGGACGGGCCCCUGAGAUCCCCAGAGAGGCUGAUAUUCGACUAGGCAAAGAGAGCCUCGCCAACAUGGCACGUUAUGUCUGGAGUACGCAAGGUCUGUAG